UGGCAUCAUCUCCUCACCCAUGCCUCGGAAAUUUAUGUUUCACAUCAGCACCUCCUAUAACAACAACUGGACCCACAACUCUACCCACAAGUCCACCCACAAUAGCUCCUCCCACAACUCCACCUUUGCCCACACCUUCCGCCUCCACAAAACCUUCCCUAUUUUGCUAUUUUCAAGGAUCAUGUUUUCUCCCACAACAGCCUCACAAACUUCAGCCUUACCAACUACAGCUGUCCCCACUACAGCCUCGCCCACAACUCCUCCAACAACAGCUCUUCCCAAACCACGUCCUGGCACAACAUCUCCAACAACAGAUUCUUCUACAUCUUUCACGACAGCUCCUGCAACAAAACCAUACACCUCCAUAAGACGUCCUCCAACAACAUGUCCUCCAACAACACCUCUUGCAACAAGGCCAUAACACGUCCUCCUACAACACCUCCUCUAACCACCUCCAUAACACCUGUCCUCCAACAAGACUACCUCCCACAACACAUGCCAGCAUAACCCCUUCUACUACAAGUUUUCCUUCAACACACCCUCUCACAUCUGCAAAAACUCCAACUAGUGCCUCACCACCUCAAACAAUUAUAGCAGCAGAGAAUGCUACAGCACACCAUUUGCCAGUAGGUCCCCUGGCAUCAGCUUCUGAAAAUGUUACAGACACAAUGCAACUCCCAGAAAGCUGACGCCUUCAACACACCAUAAGCUCCCAACCAACUUCUCCAUACCUUCCACAACCAGUGUCCCAACAAAUCGAACAACAGCAACAUCUGCUACUAAUCCCGUUCAACCAGGAACCUGUCCAGAUCAAAGAAUGUUCGUGUGUUUCCUAACGAGGCAUACUCCAUGCACAAGAAAAGCAAGAA